GGUACCUUGUCGUGCGGGAUGGCACUAACUCUUAACGUGCACCAGCUCCAUGGAGCUCCGCCUCGGCGGCUCUCGCCCCCUCUCAGCUCUCUUCACUGCGCCAUCAUCGGAACUCCAAACCCUCAAUGGAGUGCUCUCAAGGAGACAUUGAAUUCCCAUGGCCGCCAUUCUUGCUUCUUCUCCGAUGGUCGCAAGGAGGAUCGAGCAAGAAAGGCACUAGAGGAUGCCCUUGGAGGCAAAAAGACUGAGUUAGAGAAGUGGAACAAGGAAAUUAAAAAGCGAGAAGAGCGUGGAGGUGGAGGUACAUCUGGGCGGGGUGGCUGGUUUGGUGGUGGAGGGUGGUUCGGAUGGUCUGGUGGGGAGCAUUUCUGGGAAGAGGCGCAACAAGCAUCCAUCACUGUUAUUGCCAUAAUCGCCGUGUGUCUCCUGAUAGCCAAGGGCAAUGUAAUGUUUGCUGUGGUCUUCAAUUCAUUGUUAUUUGCACUUCGAGGGUUAAGAAACUCAUUUUCCUUCCUUCCAUUACGUCUCUUCGGAAAAACUUCUGUUAUUGAGCAACCAAAUGCAGCAGUAUCAAAUCAGAAUCAAAUGUCUGCAAAGGAAAGAGUAGUAAGAAAGUGGGGAAUGGAUUAAAGAUGUCUCCUGGCUUUGGUUGAACUAAUUGGUCUCUUGAUUUCUUACAUGGUUUGUUUCAAAUGAAGGCAAAUUGCAUGACAGUUUAUAGACAUUGAACCAGAUAUUAUUCAAGAUGCCAAAUUAGCCCAAUUUUGUCAAUUUGCUUGGAUUUUAGUUUUGCUGUUUUGAAGAGCAAAGAGCAUCUUCAUUUCUGAGAGAUUGUGUGCUUUGUUUGUAACAUAGGUACAUUUUCUGCAUCAAAAAAAUUGCAAGGGCUUUGAUGUUCUUCGUCUUCA